AUGCAUCAGCCAAAGUUGAUUUCAGUAAUAAAGGUUUUUAAACAUGGUGGAUCAAGGAAAUUUUUGGCCGCGGGUUUUAGGAACUGGAAGGGUAAUGACAACACCUUUUUUGAGCCGAGCAUCCAUCAAAGCAGUGAAUCCAUGGAUGUCACGUCCAUGAAUGGAUUAGAUAACAAAAGCUUACACUCCGUAAAACAGAAAAAAAGAAAGAAACCAGAGAGGCUCUCUUCUCAGUUCUCUCUCCAAACACGAAACCUUAUCGCAGCCACCUUCAAGCUCCAGAACGCGUGCCAGUCCCCGCCACUGUCGCCGCCGACAGUGACAGCCCUCUCGAAGGUCUGCUCGGCCCUCUCGAAGGUCAAGCCAGUUGUCAUCGUCGGCCUUGAGUUGCAGAUUUUUUUUGUUUUUGUUAAGUUUGGUUCAUUUAUGGCUCUCACCGGCGCGCUUCAACUCAGUCGUGGACUUCUCUCAUCGCCGUCGCUCACGCACGUUCGCUUCUCGUCGGCGUUUCUCUGCUUUGUCUCUGUUCUCUCUCUCUUUCUCGUAGCUCAGCUACUGUUACCGUUGGGCUGGAUUGUUGUUUUCUGAUUUUGGAUUCAGAUCGCUUAUUAAGCCAUGGCAAAUCCCUCACCCGAUUCAAUCAAUCAUGGAAUUUGCGCACAUGUUCCUACAUUGAACUGCGUAUUUUUUUUGUUAAUCUCCUUAUAUGUUGUAUUGUGUUGUGUUCUCUCUGGCUGGCAUAAAGUCACUCUUGUUAUAUGGUGGAAAUGUCUAGAAUGAGCUAAUUGUUAAGAAUGUAGUUUAGAGGAUCUUUUUUAUUUUUAUUGGUACCAUUUACAUCUAAAUAAUAGAGAAAUUUUGUGUUAAUUACUAUGAAUAAAUUAUCUUUGUUAGUGUUUU